AUGGCCAACCUGACCUCAGUGAGUGGAUUCUUCCUCAUGGGAUUUUCUGAUGACCGUAAACUUCAGAUUCUACAUGCACUGCUGUUUUUGGUAACAUAUCUGCUGGCCUUAAUAGGCAACCUCCUCAUUAUCACCAUCACCACCUUGGAUCAUCGUCUCCAUUCACCUAUGUAUUAUUUCUUAAAGCAUCUUUCUCUUCUGGACCUGUGUUUCAUCUCUGUUACAGUUCCUCAAUCCAUUGCAAACUCACUUAUGAACAAUGGCUACAUUUCUUUGGGUCAGUGCAUUCUUCAGGUUUUCUUCUUCAUAGCUCUGGCCUCAUCAGAAGUGGCCAUCCUCACAGUGAUGUCUUAUGACCGGUAUGUAGCCAUCUGUCAACCACUGAGAUAUGAAACCAUUAUGGACCCUUGUGCUUGUAAGAAUGCAGUAAUAGCUGUAUGGAUUGCUGGGGGCCUCUCUGGGCUUAUGCAUACAGCAGUUAAUUUUUCUGUACCUCUCUGUGGAGAAAGAAUCAUUCACCAGUUCUUCUGCGAUAUACCUCAGAUGUUGAAGCUAGCUUGUUCUUAUGAAUUCAUUAAUGAGAUUGCAGUGGCUGCAUUCACAACCUCAACAGCAUUUGCCUGUUUGAUUUCCAUUGUACUUUCAUAUGUUCGCAUUUUUUCUACAGUGCUCAAAAUCCCAACAGCUGAGGGCCGGACCAAAGUUUUCUCCACCUGCCUACCACACCUAUUUGUAGUCACCUUCUUCCUUUCUGCUGCUGGAUUUGAGUUUCUAAGGCCGCCUUCUAAUUCCCAAUCAGCUAUGGACCUCAUGUUCUCUAUAUUCUAUACUGUGAUACCUCCAACUCUCAAUCCAGUUAUCUACAGUUUACGGAAUGAAGCCAUGAAGGCAGCUCUGAAGAAGGUUCUGUCAAAAGAAGAAUUUUCUCAGAGAAAGUUGUACUUAAAAGCCAUGUUUAAACUCUAA